AGCAGAGCUCUCCCUCCCAUGGUGGGGUCGAAUGGGAACAGCCAGGGGCAGGGCGUUCCAGAGGCCCCGCCCCCAUAUGCUCGAUUGCUCGGUCGGCGUCUGCUCCUGUCUAGGAUCUGGUGGCUCACACGUAGCUCUAUUGGCGCUGCCUUUCCGGCCUCCACGUGGGUUUGUUUGCGAUGGCGGCCCAGGAGCAGCCGGCGCGGAGCGAGGUCUCGGCUGCGGCGCCAGGCCGAGGACCCCAGCGCCGGCGGGUGGCUAUGCAGAUCCCCGAGGCAAUUCUCACCAAUAAGGAGCUGCAGGAGGCAGUUGGAGCCCUCCCCAGCAACUAUAACUUUGAGAUCUACAAGACAGUGUGGAGAAUUCAGCAGGCCGAGGCCAAGAGAGUGGCUCUGCAGAUGCCCGAAGGCCUCCUCAUGUUUGCAUGCACCAUCGCUGACAUCAUUGAAAGUUCCCAUCGACGCCACGCAGGGGGUGAAGAUGCUCUAUGUGUUUGUGGAUAUCAAGAUCGAUACGUCCCACUUUGUGGAAACCGUCCACUUCAACUUCCCCAAGGGCGCCUGCCUGGCUCUUGUCAGCACCAUCCAGUUCGUCUCCGCUUUGCAGGCGGCCUCCCAGGUGCUGCGCUCUGAGUACAAGGUCAGCAUCCCGCAGUGCAAGCCGCUCUCGCCAGGCGAGAUCCUGGGCUGCACCUCUCCCCGCCUGGGGCCGGACACAGACGCCGUUGUGUACCUGGGGGAUGGGCGCUUCCACCUGGAAUCUGUCAUGAUUGCCAACCCCGGAGUUCCCGCCUACAGGUACGACCCCUACAGCAAAGUCUUCUCCAGGGAGCACUACGCCCACGAGCGCAUGCAGCAUGCCCGGCAGGAGGCCAUCCGCACCGCCGCCCGCGCCCGGAGCUGGGGACUCAUUCUCGGGACCCUGGGGCGCCAGGGCUCCACCUCCAUCUUGCAGCACCUGGAGGGGCGGCUCCAAGCCCUCGGCCUCCCAUUCGUCAGGGUGCUGCUCUCGGAGAUCUUCCCCAGCAAGCUGCAGCUGUUCCCCGACGUGGACGCGUGAGUGUGGGCCUUGCUCUGCCCUGUCCCCCCUGCGCCCUGUUCCCCUGGAUCCUGUCUCACCUGGCCUCCUCCCACAGCCGCCAUCACAGUCUCUGCGCCGUCCCAGGUGAUCCCUCGCUCCCCCCUCCCUGCUGGACCCUGCUCUCUGGUGAGAGUGACCCCUCCUCAGCCCCGAGCCCUGGCCUGUCUCCUCUGCU